AUGUCCUCACGUUCUCAUCCACCUCUUAGCGACAACGGAUUGCCUUUGGGUGUCCCUGGGCUUCGUAAACUUUUACCAGCUUCACCAGCUCCUGUUUCAGAUGCUGGGGGUACUAGCACUGGCUCCGGUUGGGGACCAUCACCGCGACUUCACCCUCGCCAUCGCUCUCGAGCCAACGUGACAAAAAUCGCGUGCGAACCGUGCCGGAAACGAAAGGGCAAAUGUUUUGGUGAACGUCCGAAAUGCACGGCUUGCAUCAACAAAGGUCUCGAGUGUCAUUAUCAGGCUUCAUAUCAAGAUCUGCGAAUCCUGAAGCGCAAGUACGAUGAGAUACAAGGCAAGGUCAACAUCUAUGAACAACUCUGGCACCUUCUGAGAUGCCUGCCGGAGCGAGAGUCCCAUGACAUCGUCCGCAGACUUCGCGAGGGCGCCGACGUAACCACAAUUAGGCGGCAGAUAAAUAACGGCGACCUUCAACUACAGCUGGCAUCGACACCAGAGACACGACUCUAUAAUGGCCAGGCCGUCGAAAACAUAUCCGAAUGGCUUGACGGGGUGCUGCCCUUAGGAGGCGGUGGGUUGCCAGCCGUUGACCCGCGAGGCGGCCACGAUGCCAACAUCGGCGACGCUUCUGCCUCAGCGUCUGCAGACGGAGCGUCGGGAGACAUAUUUCCUCCCUUAGGGAUGGAACCCAAGAACGCAAGUACCGUCGUCACCUGGCAAUCUACCUUGUGGAGCGAUAUAGGGCAGCGUAGCCCGCGGCAGUUCUCGACACAAGGCCAGACCAUGUCCACGAGGGGCAAUUGCCAUGCAAAAGCUAUGAGCUCUGCGGAAGGUCGUCAAAGGUCGUCGCAGUCUCAGAUUGCAUCCCGGGCCGAAAGCAUGCAGGCUGACCACAUGCCUGAUGGCUUACCCCGAACCCACGGGCUGGAUCAAGCUCCCCUUACUUUAGACGAACCAGAGUUGAAGGAUUUCAUUGGGACAUGGACCACCAUUACUAACGACAUCGACUGGAUACUGCAUCUGCUUGCUUUGUAUUUUUACUGGGAGUAUCCAGCAUUUGCACCGCUUAGCAAAGAGCAUUUCCUCCGAGAUUUCCGGGACGGUAGACACAGAUACUGUUCACCUUUACUAGUCAACGCCUUGCUUGCCCUUGGCUGCUGCUUUUCCAUCUACCCCGUGACCAGGGCUAACUGUGAAGACUCACACUCUGCGGGCGGCCAUUUCUUCACGGAGUCACAGCGGCUCUUUGAACAGGAGACGGAUCACUACUCGUUAACGACAAUUCAAGCCUUGGGGAUAAUGUCAAUUCGAGAAGCUAGCUGCGGUCGGAGCUCAGAGAGUCGGUACUACGCGGGACAAAGCUUACAACUAGCUUUCGAUAUGGGCCUGCAUCAUACCCACGAUGAGGGAGACAAAGAUGAACUUGCCGUUCAGCUGGCCACUUUCUGGGGCGCAUUUUUACUGGAUCAUGCGCAUUCUCUGGCGACCGGCUCGUUGCCGCAUUGUUCCUAUCUCCCACACCUGCCAUCUAAGCCUAUUAACAUGGAAGGCAUCGAGGCGUCACCCUGGGCUCUUGACACAGACGAUGGUACGCCAAUUCAACUACAAUGUGAGCAGUCAUCCAACGAGCGGUCAGUGCACAAGUGUUUCUGCGAGCUGAGCGAAUUGGUCCACCAGUCUCUGUAUCUUAUGCACUCUGUUGGAAAGCCCCUGACCGCACGGGGUCUGCUGAGCAUCUACACAGAGUACCUUAACUGGUACGACAAAGUACCCGAAGCCCUGCGGCUCGGCCACAACUUCACCCCGGCAGUGUUGUUCGUUCACAUGUACUACCACUUUGCGAUCAUGCAGCUCUUCCAACCCUUGACUAAUUUAUCCAUCAUCGGGUCGCGGGUGUCUCCGCGAGACGUCUGCUUACAGGCUGCAAGUGCCAUCCAGGGUCUUCUCAAAUCCUACGCGCAGCUAUAUACGCUGAAGAGGGCGCCGUCCUUCAUGCCAUAUUUUGCGCUGACCUCGACUAUUGCGCACCUUACUAUCAUGGCCGUGACGAUGCAGGCGAACGACAUGGACGCAGCAGCAAAGGCCGACCCUCACGUCUCCGAGGCCAUCCAGCAGGGCAUCGCCUGCCUCGCGGAAAUGACGUCCUGUCACCACAUUACCGAACAAGCCCCUCACAUUCUCCGCUAUCUAGCCAAGAAAUGGAGCAUUUCCGUCGAUAUUGACACAGGCGCUGCUUUGAACACGGAGGAGUACGAGAGGCUCAUUAGGCCGCUCGUUAGCAAGCUCGAUUUAGUUGCGCCCACCAUGGCUGCCGAGGACGAUGUGGAAGAAAGAACGUCGCGCCAGGUCGGAAAGACGGCAGAGAGCAUGGAGGACCCGUUAUUUUGGCCAUUUACUUCGCAGGGGUGGCCGAUGCUCUCGAAGAGCAAGGAGUUAGAGGAGGCGGGCUUUGCGGUGCUAUGA